AGGCGUUGCACAGUAAAGAUAAGUUGUUUCAUUUCCCUACUGUUCUGGAAAGCGGGAUCACUCGCCUGCAGUUUCAUAUACGAUAACUUGAUUUAAUGUGAGUUGCUCAAACAGAGUUAUCCUCUUUGUUUAAGCAGCCUGUAGAAGAAGAAGAAGAAGAAGAAGAAGAAGAAGAAGAGCGCUUCACAAUGUGGAACAGAAGAAAACUGUGUCUUACUGCACUCAUUUUCACAGCUGUCUGCUUCAAAGCGACUGCAGGAGAAACAAAGCUAGUGGACACGAGGCACUCACACGUUGUAGAUGACAUGUACAAAGGAUGCCGUGAAGAGGCCAUGGAGACGUACAUCCAUUCAGGCCUGUUAAAACAGGAGCUAAACAACAGUCAAGAAUUCCAGAAAGCAUGGAGCGCAAACGCUGAGUGUUCAACGCUGAUCCCCGGAGGAAUGACAGAGCAUACUGCUGCGCUUUCCAUCUAUGAUCACUCUGAUAGAUCUUUUUUGAAAACCUUGGACGAAGCAGUGGAGACAAUGGGCGUAAAUGCAAGCAUCUAUGAAAGCAACUUCCAUUUCAAGGCUCUUCAUUUCCUGCUUAUGGAUUCCAUAACCUUGCUAAAACAAAAGGAGUGCAAGAUUGCUUACUGGGCUCCAGAAAACAAAGUCAUACCAGCAAAAGGCUCAACUGUAAGAUUUGGAAGUUUCGUCUCAGUUAACUCAAACUAUGACUGGCUAAUUCGCAAUAUCGAUAUGGAGGGGACGGUGCUUUAUAAUAUCACAACUUGCUUCUUUGUCAACUUGGGGAACCACACUUGCAGUACAAACAAGGAUGACUUGCUCCUAUCUCCAGCUGAAGUCUUCACAGUGGAGAAAGUGGCUAAGAGAAUGACUGAUGAUGAUGAAGAAUACACUGAGAUCAUUUUGAAACAUCCAAAACUGCACAGCACACACAACUGUUUCUCUUUUUCAAGGUCUGCAGCUGUCGUCUCCACCCAGUGGCUUGUACCCAUGCUUGCGGCUUUGCUUUUUUUUCUUUAACUGUUUGGCAAAAGCCCUGAUCAUCUCUGAGAGUGAUCACAGUGUAAAACACUGCUCUGUUUGUUCAUCUGAACUAUUGUUUUGCUUUGAUGUCUGCAAAAAUAUAUUCCUAACAAAGCUGCGAUGUGAUUUGAAUUCUAGACUAAUAUCAUUGUUUUUAAAUGCAUAGCAACAUAAUAUACUUUUUAGUUUGAUUUUUGAGACUUCAGUGUCUUCAAAGAACUGACAGGAAAUGAGAGAUGGGAAACGACCUGCAACAAAGGUUCCCAGCUGGACUCAAGUUGCAGUUUAUGGUCGGCAUUUUAACCGCUGUGGCAUCCAAAUGUAAAGCAGUUUCAUCCAGUCAUGUUAGAUAAAUGAGCUGAAAUGUAGAAAUACAUAAAUAACCUAGUUGAAAUCGUCUUUUUUUACUCUUACAUUGCAAAGCUGCACAGUGUUUCUGCUCAAGGCAAUGAACAAAGAAAGUUUGUAUGAUUGUAUAAACUUCACUAUGGAGCAGCUAUAAAAAAUGCUCUUUGUGUGAAUGAGGAACUGAUUCUGUUAACUGAACCCUUAAUUUGUUGAUCUUUUGUUUCAAGUUCAGUGAAUUCAACUAUUUUUUUUUUUUUACCAUUUCAGCAACAAAAUUUGACAGCAACAAACUUUUUUUUUCCAGGAAGCAGAUUCACAUUUUUAGGCUCAACCAGCUGACAGCAAGGUCAUCUUUGGUUUGUUUGUGGAGUUCUGUCAACUUCACUAAAAGAUCAGGAAUUUUGAGAAGCUGCUUACAGUCACAACGUGCAGCCGUAUUCGAAAUACUACUGUACUGCUCCUGUUUAACUGCUUCUAAUAACAUACAGUCUUAUUUUAUCUUUCCGUUUCCAUCAAUGUUAAAUAAAAAAACACACCUAUUGAUCAGGAAAAGUCUUAUUGAACACUCAUCCCUACAUAUGACUGAGAUAAAAUCUAACUAAACAGUCAAUCACACAGAGAAUAUAUGAGCUUUAACAGUAUUUUUUCAUCAUUAUACAACAAUGAAGCACAUAUUCACUAUACAGACUUAUUGGAAUUUGUCUCCAUGUGUUUUUUCAGUACCAAAACAUCACAAUAUUACAUACUAUCAACAAAUAAUCGCAAAACAAUACCCCCAAAAUUUUCAUUUUAAAAUGGCACAUGCUUCGUCCAACUAGCAACAUUUACAUUAGCAAGCACUUGUGAAUUUACAUUUUGUCAUAAAAAGCAGGUAAGAUCUGACCAGCUUCGUUUUAAUGCCAGUGUCACAGUCAUAGAUUUAAUGCUUAUAGGGCAAUGUUAACCCUUAGAGGCAUAAGUGGGUCAAAAAUGACCCAGUGAGGUCAUUUUCUUCCAGUAUUUUUGUAGUGAAGUCAUUAUUUCAUAUUGUAGGUAUUCCUUAAAAAAACAUGUUUCUGCCAUCUUUCUAUUAAACAUUUUAAGUUACCUUUUAUAGUUUUAAAGAAAUUGUAAUGUUUGUAUUACUAACCCAAGCUCUUUAUCACUGAUGUCAUACAAGAGAUGAUGCAGUGCACAAACAAAAUGAGUGUUGGCAUUCUUCUAUUGCUGUUAUGUGUAAUGUUGUUGUUUUUCAAUUAUCAAAAUGUUCAAAAUCUGUCAGAAAGGGAAAAAUAAACAUAUUUCAAAGAUGAAA